UGCGCAUUGGAGAUUUGUCCCAUCAAAAAAAGUGGAGUGUCGGAACUGGUAUAUCUAGACUGUGUGCCCCUGGUUACUUGCCUCGCCUUUUUUCUUAAACCAGUGGGUCUAUUUAUAUAUAAGUCUAUGGUGGGUACAGGUGGGGUACCAAAAAAAAACAAGAAAAAACCGGGUUUAGAUCAGUUUAGAUAACUAUAGAUAACUCCAGGGUCGAAUGACAAAUUGUGCCAAAUUGUCUAAAAGAAGAAAAAGAAUGUACUUUUAUCAAGAGCGUAUGUACAUACACUGUGUAGUCUGUAUGAAUUUGCGAGUUUACUUUUUGAGAGAUUGUACAACGAAAUAUGUGAUAGGAAUAUAUUGCAUUCUGGUUUAAGUUCACUGAAAAAUGAGGUGGAUAUCAAGUAUGAAUAGACAAACAGUAUUGCCGAUUUUGCUCGGCAUAUCUAUAACAACUUUUGGAUUGUCAGUAGCAAUCUUGUUAUAUUCUAUGCUUGGAAAGGAUGAUAAUGACAAUAAAAAGAAACAUAAUCAGAUAGCAACAACCAGACGUAAAGAGAUAAGUGUGAAAGUUACAAUACUCGAGAAGUAUGUACCUUCUAUUAUUGGUAAAGGUGGUACUGUGAUUAAAAAUAUAGAAGGAAUAACUAACACACGUAUCAAAAUGGAAAAUAGAAAUGUAUAUUCUUUAGAACGUGUGUGUCACAUACUGUCCGACGAUAUGAAAAACAUUCAGUCAGCACAGAGUAUGAUACAGACUGUAAUAGAAAAUGUACCUAUUAUUGAAACUUUUUAUUUGUCUGUGCCUCACGAAAUUUUUAAAAAGGUUUUUAAAAAAAAUGUGAAAGGAACGAGGAUUGAAUUUCAGCACGAGCUUCAAAAGACUUACGGCGUAAAAAUCUCUAUUGAUGAAGUGUAUAAACCUCACAUGGAAAGUAAGAUAAAAAUACAGGGAACUGCCGAUCAAAUAGCAUCAGCUGUUAUUCAUAUAGAAGAGAAAAUUAAUGAGGAAGUCGAAGCUCAAGCUCAGUUGAGCACGCAAUUUGCAGCAAAAUUUGCAUCAUCUUCUAAUAACACUGAUAUGUAUAAGAAUACAAUUUUUGGUGAAUACAAUGUUUUAUCAGAAUCAACAGAUGAUUCUGAUAAAAAUAUAAUAGAGGAUACUGAUAUUGAGACUUAUGAGAUAUUAAUGCCACAUGAAGUUUUUAACAAAUUCGUAGACAGAAGUGGGUACGAUAUACAAGAGGUAGUAAAAUCUUCUGGUGCAAAACUCAUGGUUAGAAAUACUGCUGUUAGAUUGCAGUUAGAAAAUUUUGAAAUGAAAAACGUAAUAAUAGUAAGAGGCACUGCUGCGCAAGUAAAAUUAGCUAUUAGUCAAAUAGAAAGUAAAAUUCAAGAGGAAAAUAGAAUUCCAAUCGAAUUGAUGAUCAAAAGAGUUUCCGAAUUAUCUGAAUCUCCGAGAGUACAUAACAUUCCAAAUCUUGCAUUAGUACAAGAUGGUUUAAUGGAAGUGUUUGUAACUGCAAUGGAAACACCCAAUCUGUUUUGGAUUCAAGUGCUUGGUCCUGCUCACGAUCAAUUACAAAAGUUGAUACAUGAAAUGACAAACUAUUAUUAUGAUGAGGAAAAUCGCAAGUUCCAUAUUUUAAACAAAAUAACACCAGGUAAAAUGGUAGCAGCUAAAUUUAAAGAUAACAAAUGGUAUCGUGCAGAAAUAAUAUCCAUGGAAUCCGAUGAAUUAUGCGAGGUCUUUUUUGUGGAUUAUGGAGACAUGGAUCUUGUUCCUAUAGAUGAUGUAUUAGAACUUCGUACAGACAUGUUGAGCUUACGGCAUCAGGCUGUGGAAUGUUCGUUAGCAAACGUGAAGCCACGAGAAAAUGAAUGGAGUUCUGAAGCUAUUAAUAAGUUCGCCGAACUUACAUAUUUAGCAAAGGAAAUAAAAGUUACCGCUAAAGUUAAAGGCUACAAGGAACAUCCGGUCGAUUGCAAAGGAUCUCGCAAUCGUCAAAGUUCACUGAUUCCUUGCAUCGCUCUACGAUACGAAUCUGAUAGCGAGGUGAUUAAUAUUGGGGACUGUUUGGUACAAUUAAAAAUGGCUCAAGUCGAGGAAGAGCGUCUUGCAUUGACAUUGCUAUACGCCGUUUACGGUGUAUUAGGAGGUCGACGUUACAUCGCUAUUCCCGUCGAUGGUAUUGACGGAAUCGAUGUCAUCGAAGUGAAUCCAAUCGCAUCUUCAUUAUCAAGGGUGUCGAGACAAACGGAGGCAUACGUACCAGUCGCUAUAUCCAACGUCGCUCAUCAGGACAAUUCCGAAGUACAACGCUCUGAGCGAUCAGCCACGCGUGUUCUGGAUUACGUUGAUUUUGGAGGACAUACCGGUUCCAACGGAGCUUUCAGCUGGUACGCCGACUAUCCGGCUCAUCGUUUGUAAUUUUUCGAGACGAUAAUUUAUCGAAGAGAGCGCAGAAUAUUAUGAAACAUUUUAAUGUAGUAAUUAGAAGUUAUAUAUAAUUUGUAUGUAUAGCGAUAAAGGCUGCAUUAGUAUUCUUGAUUUUCCGGAAAAAUAAAAUAAAAAAAUUAGGGUUUUUCGGUUUUUUUUUCGAAAAAUUUGGAAAAAAGUUAUGAUACUGAAGUACAAAUGUUUGUGUUCUUAAUUUCCUGACAAAAAAAUUCCAGAAAAAACGCUAUAAAAAUACAGAAAAAAUUUCGAAACUUUAAAACUAUUGACAUAGAAGACAAUAAAAGUAACAUUUAAAAAAAACUCCAAAAAUGUCAACAAGAAAAAAUCGAACGAAAAACCGUUUUUUCCCAAAGUUUCUGAGAAUUUUUCCAAAAAUUUUUAAAAAGACUAAGCUACAUGAAUGAAAUUAACAAUCAGAAGUCUGUAAGAUAAAAGAUAAAAGUUUAAUAAUGCAAAUUAUUUAUAAAACAAACAAGUGUUAGAAGUUUUAAUUUAAGCAAGAUAUUUUAAUAUCAAAGAAUUCAAAAUUUCUGAGAAAGGAAGUCGACAAGGAAAACGACGUAGCUUAUCUUAUGAUCAAAUUUUCUUUAUUUUUCUGAUAUUUGUUACGGUACAAUAAAUAGUGAUGGAGACUGAUAUCUCAUCUCGUUUUUGCAUUAAUAUUCAGCUAAGUAUUCACGGAUCUAAAAAUCCAGCGAUAGAACAUCAACCUGUCCUCAUCGCCGUUCGAAUGAACCGAAAAUGUCGGAUUUAUCAGUAAGAUAUAGGUACAGCCUCAGGAUAUGAUUACAUAUGUAUUUAUACAGCCAAGUGUAGUGCCCACACUUUAUAUACGCGUGUCUCUUUAAAAUGUACAGAUAGAUAUACAUAUACAUAAAAUACAUAUACAUACACUAAAAACAUUUGCUCAUCGAAAGCUCGUAAGCAACGCACAAGAUAUUAAGUUGAUAACAAAUUUGAUAGUAUUUAUGAUUGCAUUUACUGACCAUUUUCAUCUUUCUAUUCUUUUUAAUUUCAAUUAAAAAUA